CCAUCUCCCGCCUCUCUGGACGAGGCUGCUGCCUCCUCCCCGCCGUGAGCUUAUUCAACAUGUCGGGUCCGAGAUGGAAGAAGGGCAAAGAUGGCAAGGACUUCUCAGCUCUAGCAGCAGCUAGCCCCAUGUCAAGCAUUGUUACCGACCUCCAGUCUUCGCUGAAACGCUGUAGAUCCGUGGCAACUAUAUCUAGCCACGGUGAGGACGCGAUUCUUGGAGUGAGCCCACAUCAAGCUAUCCUUCUGAACCAAGCUGCCUUUGGCCGGUUUGUGGAAAAUGCCGGAGCAGAGAAACAGUGGUUCCAGCUGGGCGCCGAGGAGGUCUUGUACCUUUGCCAUGCUUUGAAGUGCGUUGUGGUUGAGUCGGAGAGGGGGGAGCAGAUGAGUGAAGGGGAGCUGUGGGAUCUCUUGUGCUCCGCAUCGGACUCGUUUCCUGAGAUGUACAAGGCAUACUCACAUCUCAGAUCGAAGAACUGGGUAGUGCGGUCAGGUUUGCAGUAUGGUGCAGAUUUUGUAGCUUACCGUCAUCACCCAGCGCUAGUCCACUCAGAGUUUGCCGUGGUUGUGGUUCCGGAAGGAGCGCAGUUUGGCGGUAGGUGUCGCCGCCUGAAGGUGUGGUCCGAUCUACUGUGUGCACUCCGAGCUUCUGGCAGUGUGGCCAAGACACUGCUGGUUCUGACCAUCUCCUGCAGUAUCUGUGAACUGGGGUCGCCAUAUUGUUUGGAGCAGCUGGUUGUUCAUGAGAGGACGAUUACAAGGUGGAUAGCGCAGCAGUGCCGAGAGCAGAGAUGUGAACCGUGCAGAGUACAACCAAAUAAGGAAGAACAAGGUCACACAAGAGAAACUGUAGUCUCAAACUAUUGGGGUGUAAUACUAGGCUUCACGGUUCUUUCUACCCUACUUGUAUACAAGCUGAGAUUCUCCCAAUAAAGCUUAAUAUUUCUCAGUACUUCUGUUGGUUCUGGUACUCUUGUGAGUCUUGUUAGAUUUCUAACAAUAGUCCAUACAAGUAUUUGACAUUCAUAUUAUGAUAUGGGGUUAAAUCUUCUAUAGAUCUUAAAGACAGCUCCGACGAGGCAUUUAUGUACUUCAAGUAAUACAGCACUGGAAACUUCAGCCUCCUAAUGGCCACCAUACUCUAGCCUAUUGAAGAAAAGAGGUACAAUGGACACAUUUUCUUCAAAUAUUGUUUUCCCUAUAUACUUCCAGUGUUCAGUACUUCAAUACAUUCAGGUCUUCAGUCUACAUCUUGUAGCAUCAGUCAUACAAAAGGACUGAACAGACUAUUUCCAUAGUAAAGCAAGUAUGAUCAUAGAC